AUGACUACCAUGGAAGACCACAUUUCGCCAGCUUACUACUAUUACGUAGAUCCAUCAACGCUUUACCAACCACAACAACCGAACCCGCUGGAUGACCUGAUAUCCGUGUAUGGCCUUCAAGACAUAUCCCAACAGGUGGCACGCACAAACCCGGACGGCACAAAAGCAGUAAAACUGCGGAAAUCGUACAAAAACCAGAUUAAUGAUCUUUCGGGCAAGUUUUCCAUCAUACCCACCCGAGAAAACGGCAAGGGCGGCGACAUCGCGCCCGUGCUGUUCCAAAAUAACCCAGACAUGAUGAACCAAGUACAUCGGACCCCAGAUAUGAGCUCAGAACAAUGGCGCCAGCUCAUGUGCGAGCGUGACGCGUCGCUCUUCGAUGCUCAAAGCAUGGACUGGGAAGUGUGUCAAACGGUCCUUUCCCAGUUCGAAAGAAGUCAUCCUGCUGAGUUCCAGACACACGGUUUUCAGGCAGAAGACUUGGCAUUCGAUCUAGACGGUAGUGGCAACACAAUUAAGGCCAGAAAGCGCAAGAAUAGGUCUAGUGGCAGCUCUAUGGCAACGCCGAACAGUGAUCUGCAAGAGGAUAUGAAGAGAAGACGUUUGGAGUGA